AUGGUGACCCAGCUCGUCAGAGCUAUGGAGGACCCAAUUUCGAAUUUCGGUGCGCAGAAUGUUCCGCGGUGCCUGAAGGCGGUGGAGAUCUUAGGUAUACUCCAGGGACGUAAAUGGGAGGUAGGGACCUUGAAUGAUUUCAGGGACCUCUCUGGCAUGCCAAGGCACAAGACUUUGGAAAGCAUCGCGAAGGAUCCAAGCGUCCAGAACGCGCUGCGAGACCUGUACCAUCACCCAGAUAAGGUCGAGCUUUACCCGGGCAUUUUCUGCGAAGGCGGCUCCAAAUUGAACCACGAUCCAGGACCCAGCGAUAUUUCUUCCGCCUUGUGGGAGCAGUUUUCUCCGAUGCUAUCACCCUCGUACGGUCAGACCGUUUCUACACAGUCGUAA